UUAGCCGCGCCCCGGAGUGCAAAGUUCGUCCCGCCCAUCCCCCCGAGCUGUACCCGCACACACACUGCGCACAGCUCGCUCAGCCAGACGCAGCCGGACCGCCCUUCUGGUAAACCUGUAGUUGUGCUGUCAGCAUCACAGACAGGGUUUGUUCCAGUACGAGAGAGGACAGAAUUCGCGGAACUUCAACAGAAGAUUGGCCAGCUGGCAGGUGACCUGCCCCAGACUCUAGAGGAGCUGGGACUGACCAGUGUGGUCCAGCACGUACAGGAGCUCAAGACUAACGAAUACCUUGGGUGUUACCCGGAUGGCUCUCCUCACAGAUUUCCGAGAAAGGUGACGACGUUAAGCUAUAUGACGACUGAACGGUGCAUCGCAGCAUGCCGUACUGCGGGCUACACCUACGCUGCUACCGAGGUUUCACGCAGCCGCUGGUGGCGUUAUCAUGACUGCCACUGCGGGCGGGAGGCCGACUUCAACCGGCUGGGCCAACGGGUGUGUGACAGUGAAUGCAACAGCCGUUGCCGUGGCAACUGGCGCCAGAAGUGCGGUGGGAGGUUCAGAAUGUCCGUGUACAAGAUCGACGCAGUUCCCAGCUGUGAGGGAGGGCCAAGACGAGUCAGUACCCACUGGUACGUGACGGCCGCCACCACCAACCUGCAGUACCAGGGCAACCCGCAAGACCGUCCCUUCGACUUCUCUUCUCCAGCUCUGGACGGAGGCACUGCCAUUCCCAUCCGAAGUACACUGGAGAACAUGAUUGAAGACAUCCAUGGCUUCCCGAGUCAUUACCCUGCUACCACUGCAGAGGGCAUGCCUGACCUGGUCCCAGACUACACCGCUCUGCUAGCCUCUCUCCAGGCCCCGGGGCUGCGGCUGACGGCAGGGACUAACACGGUGUUGGAGCUGGACCAACACUUCUCCAUCCAGUCCUACCCCUGUAGUCUGGAGUACAACCCUGCUAUAAACGGGCGGGGAAGGAGAGCAGUUACAGUGAGGAUCAUAGUUGUCCGAUGGAACCCGUUUAAAGUGAAGGUGGAAAUCACAUGUUUUUAGUGCCAGCACAUCAGACAUCUGCAGGUCAGCUAAGCGAAUUAAGAUGAUCAUUGAUGUCUGUAUCUGUAUUUGUGUAGCCGGUAUAACUGCCCUUCCCAGUUUCGCAGGCAUGCGGCGUGGUGGCAGCUACAUGUACGAUCCCUGUCUUAUGUACAUACCUACUACCCUAUCCUCAGAUUUAAUAUCGCUACUAAGGCCACGCCAAUUUGAUUUGUUGUUUCUCUGAUUUUUCAGAAAAAAUAUGAAGGAAUAUGGCAAAAAAAGAC